ACCUCUUAUAAUAUGGAGCCAUUCAUCCGUUUUGACAGAGGGUUUCCCAACCUCUCCUUCAUCCGCUGGUGAUCUGGUCGCUCCUGAACUGACAAAUUGCAGUAUCUUAUUUAGAUGCCGCCACCCCAGCCUCUCUCCCCGGCUGAAACGCCAGUUCAUCACGAACUUUCACUUACUCGCAGAUUAAUUUUACUGUUUAUGUUCUGUCUCGCCCAAUUCUUAGAUGCCUUCAGUAACUCAGCUCUCUUCUCUGCAAUCCCUGUACUCGAGGUAUCCAUGGGUAUGACUGACAGUCAAUCCACUUGGAUCAUGAGCGCAUUCCAGUUGACCUUUGCAUCUUUUCUGCUCAUCAGCGGCCGCAUUAGCGACGUGUACAACCCAAAAACUGGGUUCAUUGGGGGUGUAUUUGGUCUUGGUGCCAUCUCGCUGUGCGCUGGAUUUGUUGAUGAUACCAUUCCGCUCAUCAUUCUCAGAGCGUUGACUGGAAUAACUUCUUCGAUGACAAUCCCCUCUGCCCUGGCACUCCUGGUCAAAGUAUUUCCAGAACCGCUUGAACAAGCUCGCGCAAUAGGAACAUUUGGAGGCUGCUCCUGCGUCGCUACCUCCCUCGGUCUCAUGAUUGGUGCAAUGUUUGUCCAAUGGGCAUCUUACCAUUGGGUGUUCUGGUUUAUAGCCAUCGUGGCUAUGCCAACGGCUCUGGCGUGUGCCUUCAUCAUACCGCCAGAAAUUUCAAAGACUCGGAGUGACCAUCCUAACUGGUAUGAAUUUUCGGCAUGCUCCGCUUCGCAUCCCUCACGACCUUCGACAGUUGCCUUGAUUUUGUUCAUCUUCGCUGUGACAUCCGGCUCCACUGACGGCUGGGCAUCUGCAGCAGUGCUUGUCCCGCUAAUCAUAUCAAUCAUGAUGGUGAUCGUGUUUUUCUGCUGGGAAACACGCAUACACGUGGACACAGCUGCAAUACCACCCCGGACAUGGUUUUAUCCCAAUUUCUCCAUUCUUUUUGCCGUAGCGCUCUUGCCAUACUGUUGGUGGUUCACAGUGUUCAUGAUCUUUAUCGUCCUGUGGCAAAACGUAUUUGAGUGGUCAGCAAUAUCAUCGGCUGUACACAUGCUUCCGCUCGGUGUCGCAGCUUUCUUUAUGAGUUUCACCGGAUCGCUCUCUCGGAUCUUCAGUCCGAAAUGGAUUAUUCUGACAGGCCUGUUUUUUGGCAUGGUCGCGACCGUAUUGAUGGCGCUUGGCGGGGGAAAACCUGAGGACUAUUGGCCAUACAUAUUCCCAGCUUUAUCUCUAGGAAGCGCAGGGUUCAUGCUGACGUAUACGCACACAAACAUUGCUAUAUUUCAAGCCGCACCUUCGUCCAUGGCAGGCACAGUUGGUGCCAUCUUUAACUGCGCUCUUCAAUUUGGUUCAGCAAUUGGUCUCGCUGUUGCCAGCUCAAUAGAGACAUCCGUGGAGGCCAUCCACGGGGGCUCGCAUGAGUACAAAGGACGAGCCGCAGUAUUUUGGUUCCUCUUGACAGUUGCCUUUAUUCUGUUCAUUUCAGUAUCAAUAUGCUAUGACCGCAGUACGGACCACACACCUCAACCAGAACACGGCGACCCCGGACAUCCUGCUCGACGGAGCACGGACUCUGACGAAAAGCUUGACGACGCGAACGCGACCAUGAUCGAAAAAGCCAACCUAGCGAAUCUGCGGGUGUAGGUUCUUUUUGAUGACUGUUUCUUUAGACGACCAUUUCUGUUGAUGACACAUUUAUUUUCCCGUUAACGACCAUACCGCGAUGACCUGCAGGGUGGAUGUGUUUUUUAUUUCAUUAUUAGAGGUAGUGUAGACUUCAUGCUGUAUUUUUUUGAGACCCGCUACCCAUCUGGCCAUGGGUAUAUCAAUCGACUGUAUUGCACAUGUGUGAGAGACAUACA